AGCCGCUCCCCGCCCCCGGCGCGGGUAAGAUGGCGGCCGCGGCUCAGGCGCUGAGCGGCUCGGGGCUGCUUCUGGCCGCCGCCGCCCUCGCCCUCCUGGCCGUGGCCAUCGGCACCGACUCCUGGUACCAGACGGACGCGCGGCGGCACCGCGAGCGCUGCCGGGGCUUCGGCCACAAGCGCAGCGACCCGCCCGGCUCCAUGUCGGCGCCCAGCCCGCACCUGCCGCUCCGCGCCCGUCCCCCGCGGGCCCUGCUGCCCGGACACCCCCCCGGCCUCGGCCCCGGCCCCGGCCGCCGCCCUGGACUCGCCUGCGGCCGCCGCUUCAACUCCACCGUCUCCGGGCUCUGGAGGCGCUGCCACCGCGCGGGCUACGAGCCAGACAGCGAGGAGCUCAUCCGGAAAGGAGUUAUUCAGCGCUGCACUGCUGUGAAGUACCAUUACACCUCAUCCUCUCUGCCACGCAACUUACCCAUCAAUAUUACCAACAUCAUCCGGCAGGACGAGUGGCAUGCUCUCCAUCUGCGGAGAAUGACAGCCGGCUUCAUUGGCAUGGCAGUCUCCAUCAUCCUGUUUGGCUGGAUCAUUGGUAUGCUGGGCUGUUGUAAACAGCACGAGCUCAUGCAAUAUGUGGCAGGGCUGCUCUUCCUCAUGGGAGGUACAUGCUGCAUCAUCUCACUCUGUACCUGUGUGGCUGGGAUUAAUUUUGAGUUGUCUCGCUAUCCUCGCUAUGUCUAUGGGCUGCCAGAGGAUAUCAGCCAUGGCUACGGCUGGUCCAUGUUCUGUGCCUGGGGAGGCCUGGGACUUACUCUUUUGGCUGGAUUCCUCUGCACACUGGCCCCCUCGCUCAAUGCCUCUCGUACUGCUGUACAGAAACCCAGACAGGAAAAUGGAGCUGUGUGACCUCAAAGGGUGCAGGAGAAGAGACUCCAGCAAGCACAGCCUAGGUAAAGCUGUGGGUUAACAGCACCAUGGAAAUGGCAUUUCAGCCCCAUUGCGGAGAGUGGUACACACCUGUGGAACAAACUAGGGAUGUUAAAGGUUUUUGGCCAAGUCCUGGGGCAAAUAUGACCCUGUGGUUCUCCUGCUACAGAAUUUCUGUCUUAGACAGACUCUACAACAAGCUGGGGUUAAUGUUCUACUGACUUGCUCAUUGAUUUAAGAGGGAGUUUUUCUUUUAUAAUUAACGGAUUAUCUCCUGUUUAUUUGAAACACUAACUGCAGCUCUUUUGUUCUAGUCCAGUUGUGGAGGAUUCUUGUCCAUUAUAAAUGUGUAGCUGCAGAGUUUGUGAAACACUGACAGGAGGCUGAACACCCUUCCAACGGGCUUGGCCUCUAGCAGUUUGGCUCAGACCUCCAUUGUCCAAAAGAGCGUGAAGAUCCAAAUAGUGGUUACGGCAACUCAUCCAUCCUCAGUAUUGAUAGAUCUGCUGCAAAAAGUGAGGCUCACUCCCCCAUUAUGUAAUGGGGGCUGCCAGUGGCCACUACUGAACUUGCUUGGAAAGACAGCAGGAGUUAAACAAACCAGCCUUCCCCUUCUGUGGGGAGGGGGGAGUUGGUCCUCUGCUCUCCAUGUCAGUCACUUCAUUGAGUAAGCAGCAGCAUCUGCCAGCUAAUGCACAUGACCCUAGUUAUGAGUGUGUGCAAAAGCUAGGAACAAUAAGCUACAAGCACCAUUCAUUCACUGUGGAAUUGUUCCAUAAGGAGAUAGAGUGGCAGUGGUUUCAGCUGCUGGGAUCAACCUCAAGGACCCAGCUACCUUCUAACUGAGGUACAUGACUCCUAACUGCAAGGAAACAGCGCUCUCUGAGAAGAGUUACAAGCUUUUACUGUUGAGCUUAGAGGAGGACACAUUGCCACCAAGAAGCUGG